UCGCUAUGAAACCAUUUGGUUGUGAGUCCCAGCAGCCUCCAAUAAUUUCUCUCUCUCAUCCCAUCCUCGAUUAUUUCUCUCUUGUUCAUCAUCACCGUCCUCGAUCACGUACCCAUUGCAUUCUUCUUCUUCUUCCUUCGUUCCCCGCCCAUCUCCCCUAUUCCAAUGGGGAACUGUUGCGCUCAGGGUGAUUCCUCCGGCGAUCCUCAGAGCGCAACAAACGGGGACUCACUAUCAUUAUCAUCGUCAUCGUCAUCGUCAUCGCAUAACAAGAAUAAUAACGGGUGCGAUAAUGCCACGACACCCCCGACGGCCGCCGCGGCCCCGUCCGCCGGGAAGGUGGGGAAGGUGCUGGGGCGGGCGAUGGAGGACGUCCGCGCGACGUAUAGUAUUGGGAAGGAGCUGGGGAGGGGGCAGUUCGGGGUGACGCACCUGUGCAUUCACAAGAAAACGGGCGAGCAGUUCGCGUGCAAGACGAUCGCGAAGCGGAAGCUGGUGAACAAGGAGGAUAUCGAGGACGUGCGGCGGGAGGUUCAGAUUAUGCACCAUUUGUCCGGGCAGCAGAACAUUGUGGAGCUGAAGGGGGCGUAUGAGGAUAAGCACUCGGUGCAUUUGGUUCUGGAGCUCUGCGCCGGCGGGGAGCUCUUUGACCGGAUUAUCUCCAAGGGGCAUUACACGGAACGCGCCGCCGCGUCGCUGCUGAGAACCAUUGUGCAGACUGUUCAUAGCUGCCAUUCCAUGGGCGUCAUCCAUAGAGAUCUCAAGCCCGAGAACUUCCUCCUCUUGAAUAAGGAUGAAAAUUCUCCUCUUAAGGUUACGGAUUUCGGCCUCUCUGUCUUCUACAAGGAAGGAGAAGUAUUUAAAGACAUAGUAGGCAGUGCAUAUUACAUAGCACCAGAAGUGUUGAAAAGAGGUUAUGGACCUGAGGUUGAUAUAUGGAGUAUUGGAAUAAUGUUAUAUAUUCUUCUUUGUGGAGUUCCCCCUUUUUGGGCAGAAUCAGAGAAUGGAAUCUUCAAUGCAAUAUUGCGUGGUCAUAUUGAUUUUACAAGUGAUCCAUGGCCUUCAAUUUCACCUGGUGCAAAGGACAUUGUUAGGAAGAUGUUGAAGUCAGACCCAAAGCAAAGGUUGACAGCUUUUGAAGUCUUGAAUCAUCCGUGGAUCAAGGAGGAUGGAGAAGCACCAGAUACACCACUAGACAAUGUUGUCUUCGAUAGAAUCAAACAGUUCAGAGCCAUGAACAAGUUCAAGCAAGUUGCUCUUCGGGUGAUAGCAGGGUGCCUGUCAGAAGAAGAAAUAAUGGGAUUGAAGGAAAUGUUCAAAUCCAUGGAUUCAGAUGGGAAUGGCACUAUUACCCUUGAGGAGCUAAAGCGAGGAUUAGCUAAGCAAGGGACAAAGCUCUCAGAAUAUGAAGUUAAACAGUUAAUGGAAGCUGCUGAUGCUGAUGGAAAUGGACUGAUAGACUAUGAAGAGUUUAUUACAGCAACAAUGCACUUGAACAAACUGGACAGAGAAGAGCAUCUCUACAAGGCAUUCCAAUACUUUGACAAAGACCAUAGUGGAUUCAUUACAAGAGACGAACUGGAGCAGGCGUUACGAGAUUUUGGUAUGAGUGACGAUAAUGAUAUAAAAGAAAUCAUUUCCGAUGUUGAUGCAGAUAAUGAUGGGCAUAUAAACUACGAUGAGUUUGCAGCGAUGAUGAGGAAAAGCGAUCCGGAUGUUGCCGGCAAUCCUAAGAAACGGAGAGAUGUGUUUGUUUCGGCAUGAAAUGAAAUUAAUUAAAAGAUGGAGAUCAGAGGGAAUAGAUUAACUUCCCGCCCAGUUUUGUGCAUAUUAUAUAUAGUAGUGGAGGGAGAAAUCAAAUUAAAUUAAAU